CAAUCAUUUCAUUUCAUUUUCUUUUAUACUUUAUAUUGGUUUUGUUUUUUUUUUGCUACUCCUACUUUACAACAAAUUUACGAGUAGAAAGAAAGAAGAGCUUUUGAAAGAGAGAGAGAGAAGAAAAACGACAAUCAUUAUCAUAAUCAAUCAGAUCAGAAAAAAUGGACGGUGGAGGAGCAGUGGACGGUGGCGGUGGUGUGCCAGCUCAUCCUGGCGGAGGAGACGCCGUGAUGACGGAGGCUCAGCCGGAGUCUCAGAACUCGAUGAUGCCGAUGUCGGCGACGGCGGCGACGACGGAGAACAUAUCGGCGACGUUGAGUCACGGAGGGAGGUUUAUUCAGUACAAUAUCUUCGGUAACAUCUUCGAAGUCACCGCCAAGUAUAAGCCUCCCAUUCUGCCGAUCGGCAAAGGCGCUUACGGCAUCGUUUGCUCGGCCUUGAAUUCGGAGACGAAUGAGCACGUGGCGUUGAAGAAGAUUGCGAAUGCGUUCGAUAACAAGAUCGAUGCGAAGAGAACUCUACUUGAGAUCAAGCUGCUUCGUCAUAUGGAUCAUGAAAAUUGAUUCCUUUCUUGCCUUUUCAAAUAAUAAGAUUAGUGUGUACUGACUACUGAGGUCUUGAAUUGAUAUAGCAUUAUAGUACAAUAUGUAUCCAGCAUUUUCUGCACUAGCUCUUGCCAUCUUCCAAGAAAUUGCUCCUUUGCCAGACUCCUCUUGGAUACAAAUUCGUUGGUAAUUUUUUUAUGUAAAUAUUUGAGAUCAACUUCUCAUUUUUUAUGGUAACUUGUUUAAAUUAUUUGAUCUAAAUAGUUGCAAGUUAUAUUAUGUUGUGAUAUAUCAUCUAUUAGUUGAGAUGUCUUUUUGUGCAUGGUUGUUAGUUUUGUGUUGGUGUAGUUGGGAUGAUCAUGUAUCGUUGGAUACAUGUGUCUAUACUAUAUGGUAAGUUUUGUAUUGACUUUAUUAGUAUGUAUAGUCUAAACGUCUAAUCCAUAAGCAUGUAACUUUAUUUUGGGCCAGUGUAAAUUUCAGAUAUUAGGCCUAAUCUUGUCCAAC